AUAAGUGAUCGAGGGAUGAAUUGAUAUAUAGAAUUGCACAUAUUAUGACUAGGAAGAAGGUGAAACUUGCCUUUAUUUCAGAUGAUUCGGCAAGGAAGGCAACCUACAAGAAAAGAAAGAAGGGUAUAAUUAAGAAGGUUAGCGAACUCACAAUUCUAUGUGGUAUUCCAGCAUGUGCUAUAAUUUCGAAUCCUUUUGAUUCUCAAACAGAGGUGUGGCCAGAUCCAGAGGGAGCUAAACAUGUGAUUGAGAGGUAUCAGAAGUCUUCUGUCAUUGAUGAAACUAAGAAUGUCAAUCAAGAGAGUUUUCUUUUGCAGAGAAUUGUUAAAGCCAGAGACCAACUCAAAAAGCAGAGACUUGAGAAUCAUGAAAAGGAUCUCACCAUUCUUAUGUUUGGUUAUAUGCAAACCAAAAACUUGCCUGAUCAUUUAACUGUUGCUGAAUUGAAAGAUUUUGAUAAGCUAAUUCACAAGAAUCUCAAGGAGAUUGAUAACCAAAUCGCUACUACACUCGCUUGAUUGUAAUUCUCAUUCAUCUUAUCAUGAAUAUUUCGUGCAUAUCAAUAAUACUCGUCGAUAUUAACGUAUUUUAUUUUAA